AAGGUGAAAGGUCAGGCUAAGAGUGAAGGCAAAGCAGUGCUGAAAAAAUAUCGAAGAGAAAGAAGAGAGAGACAGAGACGUGGAAGACUAGAAUAAGAGUGAAAAGCUAGUGAGAUAAAUCAAGCCAAGGGUAAGGGAGCGGUGGGUUUUGUGUGAGUGAGAGUGUUGAGUUGUGGGUUUUGUGUUGAGUUGUGGAGUGGAUUUAUGUCGGCUGGGUUUGAUUUGGCUUUGAUUGGGGCUCCGUUGAUUGCCGCUGCCGUUGCUCUCUGUUGUAUGCUUCUCUGCUCUUUCAGGCAGAGGUUGAAUCUGGUGUUCCCAUCUGUUUCGAUGCGUUUGAUGCCAAGAAGGACUUGUUCUGGAGUGGAGUGUUUUGACGAUUUUCACAUAAAACAACGAUUCUUCUAUCUUUUCUUGUUUUUGAGAGGGGAUUUCACUUGAUACAAUUCUGAUAAACUGAAAUCUUGUUUUGUUAUUUUCCCUAUUUAUUUUUUCUUUGUUUUUGGGCAUUUUGAGGGGGUUUUUGGUGUGCUUUAUUUACUCCUCGUAAAGAUGCCGGAGUUUCGAAAGCAGAAUUUUAAUCAAAACAAGAAAAGAUUUUGCGGAGAGUCUCAAAUUACCAGGAAAGUCCGUGUAAUUUGUGAUGAUCCGUACGCUACCGAUUCAUCUUCAAGCGAAGAUGAAUCUGAGAGAAAUGACUCCAUAGUCCAAAAAAGGAAGCGGUUCGUUCGUGAGAUUCAUAUACCGCUUGGCCCAGCUUUGGUCACGCCGGAGGCUGAGAGUUCUCUUGACAGUAACAACUUUGUCAAAGACCCCUCAAAGAAGAGGAAAUCGCCCGUAUCAACAAUACCGUCUUCGUCAUCGGAGAAGCCAAAAGGCGUUAGACAACGAAAGUGGGGCAAAUGGGCCGCUGAGAUUCGGGACCCAUUUAAGAAAGGCCGGAUUUGGUUGGGUACUUACAACACUAAAGAGGAAGCAGCCAAAGCUUAUGAGCUCAAAAGAAUUGAAUUCGAAACUAGAGCUGCUGCGGCCGUCGCUAAUGAGCAGAGCAACGUCUCCUCUAAAAGUGACAUGUCAUCAUCUUCACUCGUGGCAUCUAAUUCCCACACCGAAAACAAUCCUGAUGUUGUUUCCUCUGAAGACUUUGAAAGUGUUUUGUUUCAUAAUUCACCUGCUUCAGUUCUUGACCUGGAUACUUCUGCUUCAAAUCUCACUACCGAUUGCAAUGGUGAUUUAUUUAAAGAAGAAUUUGAUACCAAUUUUGAAGACCUUGAAAUACCCUUGUGUUUAAUGGAGCAGCCGUUUGAAGAACAGUUGGGCAAUUUCUUCAAUGACGAUUUUGAGCAGCUAUUUGGUGAUUUUUGUGUUAAUGGGGUUGAAGGUAACGAAUCUAGCGAGCUUCCUGAUUGUGAUUUCGAGUUGGAUUUUGGCAAUUUGGACUUUGCUUCCUUAGAGGAGCAAGCAUUCCCCCUCAAUAUAGCUUGCCUUUAAGUUUUGCAGAUAGGAAUAAGUAUUAUUAUUACUACUAUUAUUAUAAUUAUUUCUCUUAAUUUAUUAAGAAGAUAUCUAAGGGACUGUAAGAUGAGUUCUUGAGAAUGGGUUUUGUUUUGUUUGUGCGUGAGUGAGUUACAAGUUGUUUCGUUUUGUUGAGAAAAGAGAUGUGUGAGGAAAAUGAUCUGAUGAUCCUUCUGGGUUUUUUUGUGCUGUUAGAGCCGUCCAGAGGGUCCUCAUUUUGUUUCCAAUUCAUUGAGAGUUUUGUUCAUUUCUUCAUCUCUUUCUCCUUGUGUCUUACGUUACUGUUAUAUGAAAUGAACUUUCUAUAAUUGCAA